GACUUAUUCGCGCAGGAACCUAUCAACGCACCGCCUCUCCGCCAACUCCAUCCAAUUCCCUCCCUCUCCAAUCCGUCACCAUGGUCGUCUACUACCAGAUCGCCGGCAAGAAGGUCGGCUCCCACGUGCUCGCCAUGGGUGUCCUUGGUGCCCUUUUCGGUGGUGUCAAGCUCGCUACCAGCGGUGGCAGCCAGCCCAAGCCCGCUACUCCUCCUAUUCAGGCUUCCUCCAAGGAUGAGGAGGAAUUCAUCACGGACUUCCUGAAGCAGGUGAACGGCGAAGACAAGAAGGACCAUUAAAGCAGAUAUAUGGCAUGCUAGAGUCGAGGAAACUUGGGGCUAAUUGUGCUCGAGGUGCGAUCUCCCAAUCGAGUCGACUAUACACCGGUCUCGGACUUUGGAUGCAACGUGGAAGAGUCGGGCAAUGUCUUCGCGCUUGGAACGUCCGUGGCUGUCGGACCUCUCGGGGGUCAGGUGUGAAUCUGUACAUAUAGAGUAUACACCAUGCUUGCUCAACUGGAAGCCCG